GCCAACAAAUCUCGGCCAGUAAAAAAGACAAAAGUACAUCAAAAUCAUUUCUCCCGUAAAGGAAAGUUUAAAUCUGAAAUAAUGGCGUAAACGACGUCGUGGUAAGCCUUAUAUGAAAGUCUACGUUAUGAAUCAAAACCCUGUUUAUACAUCCUUUCUUCCUGUUUCCCGCCGACGGAAUAUUCAUCUUUUUGUCUCCCUCCGUUCACAAAUAGGGAUUUUGAAAACGGAUUAGGGCUUUGUUCUUAGCAACGACGAAAACAACGGCUGAAACGACGUCGUUAGAAGGAAACCAAUUGCAGAAGUAGUAAUGUUCUAUCUAAGCCUAAUAGAGCACACAUUGCGUUUGCCUCCGUCUCUCCUCAGUCUUCCUCUUCAAGAUGCUAUCAAAAAAGAGCUUGAAAAUAUCUUUUUAGACAAGGUUAUUGCGAAUUUAGGGCUCUGCAUUUCAAUUUAUGACAUCAGAAAUAUUGAUGGCGGGUUUAUCUUCCCUGGAGACGGUGCUUCAACAUAUACGGUGGAAUUUAGAAUGCUUGUGUUUCGUCCAUUUGUAGGGGAGAUAAUCACUGCAAAACUUAAAGAAUCCAACAAUGAUGGUUUGCGUUUGUCAGUUGGAUUUUUUGAUGAUAUUUACAUACCAGCGCAUCGUUUACCAAAGCCAUCUCAUUCUCAGCAGGACCCUGAGAAGAGAUAUCAGGCUAUUUGGACAUGGAAAGUUGAAUCCGAAGAUGAUGACAUGCAGUUGAGUAUUGAUGGUUUCGAUGAGAUUAAGUUUCGAGUUGACAGUGUAAAGUAUCCUCCAAUUCCAAUUGAGCAACCAGAAAAGCCAUUUGCCCCUAUGAUUAUUUCGGGUUCUCUUGAUUACGAAGGUUUAGGCCCCGUGUCAUGGUGGUAAUGCAGGAAAUGGUUUGGGAAAAUUGUGGCUUAAAUUAUGAUUCCUUCAUUUCUGGUGGUUGUGUUUCGAUCAUAUGCAAUGAUAAAUCAGCCGAUCCUAACAAAAUGUUUCGAGAAGAGACUAAUCACCCAGAAGAAAUAUUAUCUCUAGGAGCUUGUAGAGUAAAUUUUUCCAUUUUAUUGCAGAGGUGGUAAUGUGGUAUGCAUCGAAUUUUUGCUAGCCUCUUUCACAAUUGUAAUUGAGAAAAUUGAAUACUUUUACAGUUGUGGUUGUGUUCUUCAUCACUAUUUUUGUUGGCAUAAUGCAUUUUGGUCCCUGUACUUCGUCAUCA